AUCACGCCAAGAUCUCGCUCGAUUGAUACCUCCCUGUGUCGCUUUUGAUACAUUCCUUGGGAUUCGAAUGGGCCCGAAUAAGUUCUAGUCCUGACCUAUUCUCUUUCGCACCGAACCACUGCACCUCACCCGCAUUCCAAGACAUCCAGGCAUCAGCUAAACCAACUCCCCGCCUCCGACUCCCUCUCCUCUCUCUCCACCUUACCAAGACAAUUACCCCCCCGUACGGGCUAGAUUAACAACCCCCCGGGUAGUCAACACCAAAUAUGAGUAACACGGACUUCUUAGGGCGGGCGAUUGACGCCGUCAAGAAGGCCAUUGAGCUCGACAAUGAGGGCGAGUACGAGAAGGCUUAUCAGGGCUACUAUGCCGCCCUGGAGCUAUUCAUGCUCGCCCUGAAAUGGGAGAAGAACCCCAAGUCCAAGGAAAUGAUUCGCGUCAAGACAGCCGAGUACAUGGAUCGCGCGGAGAAACUCAAGAACCACCUAGAAGCAACAGAGAAUCGCAAGAAACCGAGCGCAGUAGGCGCCAACGGCAAAGUGGCGCAGGGCAGCGGGAAGGGCGAGAAGGCGGAUGAGGAUGGCGAAGACGCCGAGUCGAAGAAACUACGCAGCGCCCUUGCUGGGGCGAUCUUGUCGGAUAAGCCGAACGUGAAGUGGGAGGAUGUUGCUGGCCUGGAGAGCGCAAAGGAGGCAUUGAAAGAGGCGGUUAUUCUACCUAUUAAGUUCCCUCAUCUGUUUACGGGGAAACGGCAGCCGUGGAAGGGUAUCCUGCUCUACGGGCCUCCCGGUACCGGAAAGUCAUAUCUCGCCAAAGCCGUGGCGACGGAGGCGAACAGCACAUUCUUCAGUGUCAGCAGCAGUGAUCUAGUAUCUAAGUGGAUGGGUGAGAGUGAAAGGCUCGUGAAACAGCUCUUCAAUAUGGCUCGAGAGAACAAGCCCGCGAUUAUCUUUAUUGACGAAGUGGAUGCUUUGUGUGGUCCUCGUGGCGAGGGAGAGUCAGAAGCAUCUCGUCGUAUUAAAACGGAGUUGCUGGUACAGAUGGACGGUGUAGGAAAAGAUUCAAAGGGGGUUUUAAUUCUGGGAGCAACGAAUAUCCCAUGGCAGCUAGAUGCCGCCAUUCGUCGCCGAUUCCAACGGAGAGUCCAUAUCAGUCUUCCUGACAUCAAUGCACGAAUAAAGAUGUUCAUGCUGGCUGUCGGUCAGACGCCAUGUGAAAUGACACAAGCUGAUUACAGAACACUGGCGGAGAUGAGCGAGGGCUAUUCCGGCAGCGAUAUCAGUAUUGCCGUCCAAGAUGCCCUCAUGCAACCGAUCCGUAAAAUUCAGACUGCCACCCAUUAUAAGAAGGUUUUGCUUGAAGACCAAGAGAAAUUGACACCAUGCUCUCCGGGAGACCCAGGUGCAAUGGAAAUGUCAUGGAUGAGCGUGGAAGCAGACCAGCUACUCGAGCCACCGCUCGUUCUGAAAGACUUUAUCAAAGCUGUCCGCAACUCAAGGCCCACCGUUAGCCAAGAAGAUCUCCAAAGAAACUCGGAGUGGACCAAGGAGUUCGGCAGCGAAGGAGCCUAGUCCAAAAUCUUAGAACCUUGCCCGCUCACCUUGAAACCCUUAUAACGUUGUGUUGGUUUCUUGCAUACUACUCCCCUUCUUCGUCUCUCUUGGAUUGAGCGAAUGAGAGAACUCCCAGGUUUAUACAUCCUCAUACCAUCCUCCCUCUACCGGCUAUACCCUCCCUAUCUCUAUACACCUCCCCCUAGUUUUCAUUCCUCCCACAACCCCAGUGUUAGAAGCGUUACCGUUGUUCGGCAAGGCGAGACCAGGCGUUACCAUUACAUUUUGAACUAGCUUGGACUGAAUUCGAGUUCAUUCAUGUCAAAUUCAUUGUGUCGAUCUCACGAGUCAUGUGUCUGAAGAACGAAGUUUAAUGAACAUUGCCUUUCUUUUUUUUUCCCCCAUUUCUUUGGCGUUGAGGCCCAUGUGGAUUUAUAGAAAUCUACAACUCUUGGAAUGUUGGUGACUAUCUAGUCACCCCAUUCUCGUCCCUAGACUUGAUCAAUAACCAUUCAAGAGCAUGGAUCCCGUCAAUAUUUCGAUACACGCCGGUUAAUCAGAUAAUAUGCAAAGACCAAACAGCAAUGAUGUUAGAGAGCUUGACAUUUCUCAUACAAUAAUCCUGAUCAUCAAAACAACACACGUACUGGCUAUAGAAUAUAUGCAAAAAGGUUAAUAAAACAAAAAAAAACCGCAAGCCCUAUCCAUCCU